CCCCUCCGCACUACAACUCCCAGCGAGCCCCGCUGCUCGCGUCAGCGCCCGCGACGGGCUGGGCCGGGCCGAGCCGAGCCGGGCUGCGACGGGGCGGGCAGCGACGGGGCCGCGCACCGCCGCCAUGCAGAUGUCCUUCUACUUCUCGGACACAGCAGUGCUGCUGUUUGACUUCUGGAGUGUCCACACCCCCACAGGGAUGGCACUCUCAGUGCUGGUGAUCCUGCUGCUGUCGAUGCUUUACGAAGCCGUCAAGAUGGGUAAGGCCGUGCUGCUGCGGCGGGCGCUGCUGGCUCUGCCCCACAGCCUCAGCCGAGAGGCACUGGUGGAGCCGGAGGAGGAGGAGGACACUGGCCUCACACAGGGCAGGUGGUUUCAGUACCACGUCGGCCAGACGCUGUUCCACGUGGUGCAGGUGGUGCUGGGCUACAUGGUGAUGCUGGCCGUCAUGUCCUACAACACCUGGAUCUUUCUGGGGGCCAUUGCGGGCUCCACACUGGGCUAUUUCCUGGUGUACCCCCUGCUCGGUCGGGGGUAGGCACCCCCCCUGGGAUGGUGGGCGAUGUGCUCCAUGCCUCCUGCUACUUUGUCUGGAAUAGCUGCUGUCACUUCUGCUGGGUCUGUCCUUGUCCCUGUCCUGUGCGGGACACAGCACACCAAGGAUUUGCUGCAGGGACCCUCAGUGCUGGCCUGAUUCGGAUGGGGAGGUGCUGGGGAGUCCCAUGGCCAGCACUCUGCCACACUGCCACCGUCCUCGGCUGGUGGCUGCCCCCCGGCUCUCAGGGAGCUUUGGCCGGGUGAUGACGGCAGGGGGGUGCUGGGCAUUUCCUCCCCCCAACACUUCAGGGGGGUCAUCCUGGCUGGAACAAGAAUGGCCCAGUGACCUGCUGGGGAAGGGGACAUGCUGGGGACAGGCAUCCCUGCCCUCCUGCUCAGAACUUCCCUGCACCAAGCCCCAAUUCACACAGUGCCUUCUGGGGACAAGGGGGGGUCCUGUUGACCUUCCCCGCCCCCAUUGCCCCCUACUCCUGCCCAGGGCUUCAGGGAUGGGGUCAGAGCAGCCCCCAGGCCAUGCGUGGGGCCGUGCUGAGGGGAAGCUGCUGCUGCGGGUGCCUCUUGCUGCUUUCUCGGGACACCCCUUUUAAUAAAAGUCAUCUCAGUUGUUCA